AUGGAGUAUAGUUUCUUCUUUUUCGUCUGUUUAAAUUACACCUGUCUUUCUUUUUCUUUCCUUUUUCUUUCUCUUUUCUUUCUUUCUUUCAUUCAUUCUUUCUUUUUUCUUUCUUUCUUUUUAACUAUCUUUAUUGACUUCUUAUUUCGACUUAUUCAAAAUUUUUGCUUCAUUUUAUUGUGCAUUUUUCUUUCCUUCUGUCGUUCUUUUUUUCUCGGUCUAUUUUAUUAUAUCAAUUCUAAUUCCUUAUUUCUCUUUAGUCUAAUGUUCUUUCUUUCUUUUUUCUUUCUUUCUCGUUUUCGGUCGUUUUCACAUUCUCUCUUUCUUUCUGUUCCUCCUAGCUCUCUUCUGUCUAUUUAUUCUACUUCUUUAUUUAUUUUUAUUCUAUCUUUUCUCUCUUUCAUUCUUUCUUUUUCUAGUUCUUUCUUAAACUCUUUGAUCUAUUUAUGCUACUCUGUUUUAUUCCAUAUUUAUCUACUUUCUUUCUUUCUUUCUCUCUUUCUUUCUUUCUUUCUUUCUUUACGCUUUCUAUACUUCCUUUGCCCUUCUAUAAUUCUAUUCCAUUUCUUUCUUUCUUUCUUUCUUUCUUUCUUUCUUUCUUUCUUUCUUUCUUUCUUUCUUUCUUUACACUUUCUAUACUUCCUUUGCGAAUAUCUUUCUUUCUUUAAGCCUUCUAUAAUUCUAUUCCAUUUCUUUCUUUCUUUCUUUCUUUCUUUCUUUCUUCAAUCUAUAUAUUGUAUUUCUUUAUCAUUACAUUUUAAUUUUCCUCUUUCAGUUUUACCGUUCCUUAUCAUUUUCUUUUUGUCAAUUAAUAAUUAUUUUUUUCGUUCUUUCUUUCGAUUUAUUAUAAGUUACUUCUUUUUAUUUUUUUCUUUCCUUUAUUUUUCUUUCCACCCCACUUUGAUCCUUUUUCAAAGUUUUCUUCUUUUCUUCCUCUUUUCAUCUCUUUUCUUUUCUUUUUCUUUUUUUAUACUUCGCCUUCCUUCUCGUUUGCAUUUUUUCUAG